CCCAUUUUUAAUUUUACCGGUUAUAAUUUAUAGGUUAAUGGGGUUCAGAAUUUUCUCGUUUUUUACUUUUUAGUUAUUAUUAAUAUUAUAAAAUGUUUUUAAAUAGUGUUCAUAGAAUAAGCAAAGCUUUGUCCGGCUCUGGAAAGAUAUUUAUAAGAAAUUAUGCUACCCGCAAUCGAUUUUACAAAACCACUGGAAUACUUAAAAGUGAUGGCAAGUUUGAGAUAACGCUUGAUCAAAGAAAACUUAAAACACCAAAAGGCCAGUUAUUUUAUGUGGAAAGUGAACCCCUUGCACUGGCAGUAGCAACAGAAUGGAAUGCCCAGAAGAAAAAAAUUGUUCAGAGUAAGAUGCACCUUACUACACUAUGCAAUACAGUCCUAGAUAAUCCAAACAACCUGACGAAACUUGAUAUUGUAAACUAUAUUGUAAAUUAUUUAGAUACAGAUACUGUAUUGUAUCAGGCAAAUGAAGAUGAAGAUCUUUUGAAAUUUCAAAUCAACGAAUGGGAUCCCGUUAUAGACUGGUUUAAUAAGAGAUUCAAUGUAAAGCUGAGAAAAUCAGUGGAAAUGGAUGUUUCCCCUGUGAGUAAAGAAGAUAAAACUACAUUAAUUCGACAUCUAAUGUCUUACAACUUUGCAGCCAUUAAUGGAUUUGUUUAUGGAGUUGACACAUUAAAAUCAGUGAUUCUAACACUAGCAGCAACAGAAAGGUUUAUAACCCCAGAAAAAGCUGUACUUCUAUCUAGGUUAGAGGAGGAAUAUCAAACAGGGACAUGGGGAAGAGUUGAAUGGGCACAUGACUUAAAUCAACAAGAGUUACAAUCUAGAUUGUCAGCUGUAGUCCUAUUUGUAUAUUUUAAUUCACAAUCAUCUAAAAUCCAACAGAAAAAUAUACAGUAAUUAAAUUA